GCGAAUUGUGAUGAUUUUUUUUUCUUCCCGGCCACAGACUAUUGAAGGCAGAAACAACGAAUUUCCUGCAAACGGUGGUGUCGGUGGCCCUUACAUUCCUUUGGAAGAGCAGAUUUAGUUGGGGUUCCAGGAAGGAAAGGCGCCUGGACUAAAAUACAUCCUCUUGAAUCAUACCCUGGGUUCGGGUUCCCUAGAAAAAUCUGGAUGUGAAAGAAGAACUCUUAGAGCUGACUUGUUUUUCACCGCUAAGGUGUCUUCUUGACCGAUUACCCAGGGCGAGCUAGAAUGGCUGUGAACAUCUCUAUGAACCCCCAAACCUUCAGCUGUAAAGACAAAAUUAUAUGGAGUGGAUCAUUUGAAACAUUAUCGUAGUGUGGAAUAUAUUCACAGCUUCCUCAUCUGAUAUUCUCAAAAGGGGAAAAAUGUGCUGAUAUGGAAAAAAAAAUCAAGUAAAUUUCUAUGGGGGCAUCUGUAAAGGCACCUUCUCAGAAAGACAGUCUAAUGGCUGCCUUGGAGUUUUCAUAAGGAACCGCUGCUGUUGGAGGUGCUGGAUGGUCCCUUCAUCUUUGAAGCAUUACACUUGCUGGAAUCCAUUUCCAGGAUCAAGAGUCAGCUGCCCUCUUGCAAUGGGCUGCCGAGAAAACCACUGUGCUUUUUUUUAACGUUGGGCUCUGUCUAUGACCAGUCUGAGAGGCUACCUAGCACGUUGCCUCUCCUGGGUCUUUUGCUGCCUGGAAAGCCCUCUCUGUCCCCAGGCUCGCUUCACAAUUUUGUCUCGUCGGAGUCAUAUCCCCUGGACACCUGCGGAUGUGGAUGUGAACCAUGUCUAGGCCCAAGGGACUGUUAUGGCUCCCGUUGUUUUUCACCCCGGUCUGCGUCAUGUUAAACUCCAAUGUCCUCCUGUGGAUAACCGCCCUGGCCAUCAAGUUCACGCUCAUUGACAGCCAAGCUCAGUAUCCAGUUGUCAACACCAAUUAUGGCAAAAUCCGGGGCCUAAGAACACCAUUGCCCAAUGAAAUUUUGGGUCCAGUGGAGCAAUACUUAGGGGUCCCCUAUGCAUCACCUCCCACUGGGGAGAGGCGGUUUCAGCCCCCAGAACCUCCUUCCUCAUGGACUGGGGUUCGAAAUGCCACUCAGUUUGCAGCGGUGUGUCCCCAGCACCUGGACGAGAGGUCUUUAUUGCACGAUAUGCUGCCCAUCUGGUUUACCGCCAAUUUGGAUACUUUGAUGACCUAUGUUCAAGAUCAGAAUGAAGACUGCCUUUACUUAAACAUCUAUGUGCCCACAGAAGAUGGUAAGUACUUUAUCUAAACAGAAAAACAACACCAAUCUGACGUCACGAGAGAGGUUUGCCAGGAAGGGUUUGUGAUGUUCUGUGUAUAUUUUCUAUAAUGCAUUU